CCUUGAUUUACGUUGAGCCCGUUUGAUAACAUUGAAAUCGGCCGAAAUAAAAUAAAUAAAAAUUAUACUACCUCCGUCCCUUAAAACUUUGCCAGAGUUGACCGGCACGGAGAAUAAUAAAGUAAAAACUGUGUGGUUGAGGUUUGUGCAGAAGAGAGAGAAUUAACAGAAACUACAAAAUAUUGAUUAGAAGGAAAGUGACAAAGUUUUUUGGGUAAUAUCUCCACAAUCUCUCCCAUAGUGGCAUCAACACUUAUGAACAUGAGUGCUGCUGCUUUCGGAGGUAAUAUGAAGGUACAACUUCAUUACUGUAUAAUUAUUAUCAAAUCAGAGAGUUUUGAUUAACUUCAGUGUUAAAAACCCACGUUUUGUCUGAUGCGUGGCUACUGUUCGGUGAAAUGCCUGAGAGAAACACCAUCUCUAUCGUGACCCCAAUUCAAAGAGGUUGUUUUGAUGGAGCUCUAGGAUGUUGAAUUCCUUUGUGAGCACUGCCCUAUUUUGUUGUUACUCCAUGUGGUGGCUUGGACGGAAAGCCCUCACUGGGUUGAGGCGUAUAGAUUUGGAAGGUCUAUGUUGGAGAGUUUUUGAUGCCAAAGGCCAGGUUCUUGGAAGGUUGGCAUCUCAGAUAUCUACUAUGCUCCAAGGGAAGGAUAAACCAACAUACACCCCUAAUCGUGAUGAUGGAGAUAUGUGCAUUGUCCUUAAUGCUAAGGAUAUUGGUAUCACUGGGAGAAAACUCACUGAUAAAUUUUAUCGAUGGCAUACUGGAUAUGUGGGUAACCUAAAGGAAAGGAGUUUGAAGGAUCAGAUGGAAAAAGAUCCAACUGAAGUUAUACGUAAGGCCGUCAUGCGCAUGCUUUCUAGAAAUAAAUUACGUGAUGAUAGAGACCGCAAGCUUAGGAUAUUUGCUGGUGAUGAACACCCAUUUGGUGAUAGACCCUUGGAGCCCUAUAUUAUGCCUCCUCGUCAAGUGCAGGAAAUGCGGCCUCGUGCAAGACGUGCCAUGAUUCGUGCACAAAAGAAGGCAGAGGCGCAGCAACUAGGUGUAACCGCUCCAAAGAAGAAUAAGAAGGAAGGAGAGUUAGAAUUAAGCGCAUGAAGUUUUGGAGGGUUAAGACAUCCCCAGUUGGACGCUGAUCACAUUAAAAAUAGGGUGACAACUUUGGUACCUUUCUAAAAUAUGGGGUACCGUACCUAUCAUUCAUUUGAUUGGACCACAUCACUAUAUCAUUUUUAAUUUAGAUUUAAAUAAUUCAACUGCUACAUUCUCAUUGGUCCAUGUGGACAAAGGUAUGGUACUUUAUGGAUACCAUAGAAUCUACCUAAAAAUAAUGGCUACAUCAUCCUUGUUUAAUAUUGGCAUAAAAAAAUUGUUUCCAAUGCAGGAUGUAAACCUUCAUGUAAUGCUGAC